AUGGACGAUAGUUUGAAUCAAACUUAACUAAAAAAGAAGACAUUCUUAGUUAAAAGGAAAGUUGAUGAUUCAUAUAAAUAAUCUAAAUUAUAUCCAUCUAAUCCAGGAGCAGGAGCAGGAGGAGUAUUUGAAUCUUAUUUAAUUUAGUCAUACAUGCCAAUCUCUAAAAUUCAAAUAAAGAAACCUACAUCAGGUGUACCAUCAUUGAAGAGUAAAGGAGGUUAAGAUAAAUAGGAUUAAAAAGCAAGCACACCAAAAGGAGCUAUUAGUAUAAUAUCUGAAUUAGAUGAGGAGGAGAAGAAAAAUGAGGUAGAGGGACCUUAGGUAUGAAUUCGAAUUAAAUAUAUUAAGUUGAAAAUGGAGAAAGAACAUAUAUCAUUUUUGGUUAAAACUGAAACAGUCGGUUAUGAUAAUGUAGUAGUUUCAAAUAAUGGAAGUGCAGCUAUAUAUUAUGAAUGGAAGAGAAUUGAAAGUGUUAGGAAAUAGCCUAAUUCAAUUUAAGAUAUAAAUGAGGAGAGGUUCUUUUGUCAUCAUGAUUAAAAUGUUAUAAAACCAGGAGAAAGAAUUAAAUUUGUGUUUAGUUUUCUAUCAAAAUAAGCAGGAGUAUUUAAUGAAGAAUGGGAAUUGAAAUGUGAACCUCCAUGUUUAACUUAAUUACCUAAUUUAAAAUUAACAGGUAUUUCAUUUAUAGAUGAUGAAUUAACUAAUGGAAGAAAAGAAUUUCAAAAAUAAAUUAAAAAUAAAUUUGCAUUAAAAAUAGCAACUGAAAUUGUUGAUGAUAUAUUUGAAGAAGUUAAAACACCACCACCUCUUAAACCAGAUCUUAAUGAUCCAGAAUAAUUUAAAAUAGAAUUUGAAGAAUUAAAUCUAGGAGAAUAAUUAUGGUUUACACAUGAAAUUAUGAAUUUCUUUAAUUUCUCAUCAGAUGAAAUAUGUUAAGUAUUGAAAUAAGAUAUACCUUGGAAUGGUGAUGUUAAAUUAUUAAGAUAAUCAUGUCAUACUAUAGAUGAAGAAGAAGUUAAAGAAUUAGUAUUACGUAAAUUAGAAUUAUGGGUUAAAUUGGCUAAGAAAGUACCAAUCUCUAGAAAUCCUAUUUAUAGUGUUGUUAAAGAUUUAUUAGGAGAUGUGGCUAAUCAAGUUCCUUAAUUAUCUGAAGAUAUGCGUAAAGAAUUACAAAUGUGGGAAUAUACAUUUCAUGAACCUGAAGAUUUAACACCUGAAAAAGCUAAAGCUAAAUUAGAUGAAUUUAAUAAAAUGAAAGCUAAUUGGUUAAAAAAUGCAAAAAAGAAGAAAUGGAAUGAUGAUAUGGAAAAAGAAUUAAUUGAAGAAUAUAAAAAUAAAUUAGGAGUUAAAGUAUCUGAAGCAUUAGCAUAAGCAGCUAUUAAAUUAGAAAAUGAUGGAUAAUUAUUAUAAGUAGGAGCAAUGAUGAAACCAGAAUUAAAAUGGAAUGUUUUUAGAAGGAGAAGAUAUUAAUCUACUUAUUUUUAUGAUCUUCUUAGAAAAAAAACUAUUCAAGAUUCAGAUAUUGAAGGAAAAAAAAUUGGAUUAAAAAUACAUUUAAAAUUAGCUAAUAGACCUGAUGUUUAUGAACUUAAAGAAAAAUUUGAAUAAACAUUACUUAAAGAAUAAGAAGAAGAAAAUAAAAGAUUGGAAGAAGAAAGAUUAGAAAAAGAAAGAUUAGCUUAAGAAGCAGCAAAAAAAAAAGGUAAAGGUAAACCAGUUAAAUAAAAAGAAGUUGAAGUUGUAUAAGGUAAUAUAUAAAAUUAAUAUCAAUAGUCUAAUAAAAGAAUUAUGAUUUAAGUCAUUUAGAUUAAGCAACACUUCAAGAAUGUGUUGACACUAUUAAAUUAUUGAUGGAAAGAUAAGCUAAAAUUGUUGUAUUACUUGUAAGUUAUGAUAAUCCAAGUGGAAAAUAUAAGUUUACAUCUUCAACUAAAUUCUUUUAUGAAUGGUUAAAGACACAUGUAGAAUGUCCAGUCUAUUUUAAUGAUGCUAUCAUUGAAAAUUUAGAUGAAUAAUUAGAAACAUAAACAUAUUAAGAAAAUAGUGUUUUAGUAUUAGAAAACUUAUUCUUUUAUCCAGAUGAAGUUGGUUACACUGAAGAAGAACCUGAUAUUGAAUCAAAAACACCUUUUAGAACUCUAUUACCUUAUGGCAAUAUUUAUAUUAUAGGAGAUAGAGUGAAUUUCUUUUCAAGAUUUUAUCCUUCUAUUAUUCAUAUGAAUGCAGAUUAAACAAUUUUAUCUUCAGCUAUUGCCAAAGAUAUACAUAUAUUAUGUCAUAAUCUUAUGGGUUGUUAAGAAAGAAAUGGAACUCUUNCUGAAAUUGUUGAUGAUAUAUUUGAAGAAGUUAAAACACCACCACCUCUUAAACCAGAUCUUAAUGAUCCAGAAUAAUUUAAAAUAGAAUUUGAAGAAUUAAAUCUAGGAGAAUAAUUAUGGUUUACACAUGAAAUUAUGAAUUUCUUUAAUUUCUCAUCAGAUGAAAUAUGUUAAGUAUUGAAAUAAGAUAUACCUUGGAAUGGUGAUGUUAAAUUAUUAAGAUAAUCAUGUCAUACUAUAGAUGAAGAAGAAGUUAAAGAAUUAGUAUUACGUAAAUUAGAAUUAUGGGUUAAAUUGGCUAAGAAAGUACCAAUCUCUAGAAAUCCUAUUUAUAGUGUUGUUAAAGAUUUAUUAGGAGAUGUGGCUAAUCAAGUUCCUUAAUUAUCUGAAGAUAUGCGUAAAGAAUUACAAAUGUGGGAAUAUACAUUUCAUGAACCUGAAGAUUUAACACCUGAAAAAGCUAAAGCUAAAUUAGAUGAAUUUAAUAAAAUGAAAGCUAAUUGGUUAAAAAAUGCAAAAAAGAAGAAAUGGAAUGAUGAUAUGGAAAAAGAAUUAAUUGAAGAAUAUAAAAAUAAAUUAGGAGUUAAAGUAUCUGAAGCAUUAGCAUAAGCAGCUAUUAAAUUAGAAAAUGAUGGAUAAUUAUUAUAAGUAGGAGCAAUGAUGAAACCAGAAUUAAAAUGGAAUGUUUUUAGAAGAAGAAGAUAUUAAUCUACUUAUUUUUAUGAUCUUCUUAGAAAAAAAACUAUUCAAGAUUCAGAUAUUGAAGGAAAAAAAAUUGGAUUAAAAAUACAUUUAAAAUUAGCUAAUAGACCUGAUGUUUAUGAACUUAAAGAAAAAUUUGAAUAAACAUUACUUAAAGAAUAAGAAGAAGAAAAUAAAAGAUUGGAAGAAGAAAGAUUAGAAAAAGAAAGAUUAGCUUAAGAAGCAGCAAAGAAAAAAGGUAAAGGUAAACCAGUUAAAUAAAAAGAAGUUGAAGUUGUAUAAGGUAAUAUAUAAAAUUAAUAUCAAUAGUCUAAUAAAAGAAUUAUGAUUUAAGUCAUUUAGAUUAAGCAACACUUCAAGAAUGUGUUGACACUAUUAAAUUAUUGAUGGAAAGAUAAGCUAAAAUUGUUGUAUUACUUGUAAGUUAUGAUAAUCCAAGUGGAAAAUAUAAGUUUACAUCUUCAACUAAAUUCUUUUAUGAAUGGUUAAAGACACAUGUAGAAUGUCCAGUCUAUUUUAAUGAUGCUAUCAUUGAAAAUUUAGAUGAAUAAUUAGAAACUUAAACAUAUUAAGAAAAUAGUGUUUUAGUAUUAGAAAACUUAUUCUUUUAUCCAGAUGAAGUUGGUUACACUGAAGAAGAACCUGAUAUUGAAUCAAAAACACCUUUUAGAACUCUAUUACCUUAUGGCAAUAUUUAUAUUAUAGGAGAUAGAGUUAAUUUCUUUUCAAGAUUUUAUCCUUCUAUUAUUCAUAUGAAUGCAGAUUAAACAAUUUUAUCUUCAGCUAUUGCCAAAGAUAUACAUAUAUUAUGUCAUAAUCUUAUGGGUUGUUAAGAAAGAAAUGGAACUCUCAUUCUAGGUGGAGAUCUUACAGGUGAUAAAUUAUUAACAAUUGAUUAAUUAUCUGGACAUCUAUCAUCAAUAAUUUUGUUAGGUAAACUAGGAUUAUCAUUCUAUUUAACUAUGUAUGAGAUACCAAGUGAUCUUGUGUCAGAAGCUGUAAGAGAUGUUAUUAAAAAUCUACUUAAUGUUUUAAGAGAUGAAUCAACUGAAAAACCUCCAUAAAGAUUAACAAGAAUCAGUCAUCUACCUGAACAACCAAAACCUAAAGCAAGAUUAAUAUGUCCAUAAGAUUAUCUAAUUACUACAUUACCUGAAGGAUAUGAUCCUGCUAAUUAAGAACAUGUAUAGAUUGUGACUUCCACUAUUGCACCUUUUGUACCUGAAGGCAAUAUUUAAUUAGAAGAAGGAAAGAUACUCUUAGAUUAUGGACCUAAAACUAUUGAAAUUGUUAAAGAGGAAAUAUAAAAUGCUUAAAGAUUAUUUUGGAUAGAUGAUGCUAACCUUGGUUUAUACAAUAUUUAAAAAUAAAUAACUGUCCCUGAUUUUGAAGCUAUUGCUUUACUUAAGAAAUUAAGAGAAGAAGAAGCUGAAAGAGAAAGAGAGAGAUUGGAAAAAUUAAAAGAAAAAAAAGGAGGAAAAGGAAAUAAAAAAGGUCUCAAAGAAGAACCACCUAAGGAACCUAUUAAUAGUAAUAUAUUAUGAAAUAUUAAUUUUUUAGUUAAAACUACAAAAGAAAUUAAUGUUCCAGUAUUNAUUGAUGGAAAGAUAAGCUAAAAUUGUUGUAUUACUUGUAAGUUAUGAUAAUCCAAGUGGAAAAUAUAAGUUUACAUCUUCAACUAAAUUCUUUUAUGAAUGGUUAAAGACACAUGUAGAAUGUCCAGUCUAUUUUAAUGAUGCUAUCAUUGAAAAUUUAGAUGAAUAAUUAGAAACAUAAACAUAUUAAGAAAAUAGUGUUUUAGUAUUAGAAAACUUAUUCUUUUAUCCAGAUGAAGUUGGUUACACUGAAGAAGAACCUGAUAUUGAAUCAAAAACACCUUUUAGAACUCUAUUACCUUAUGGCAAUAUUUAUAUUAUAGGAGAUAGAGUGAAUUUCUUUUCAAGAUUUUAUCCUUCUAUUAUUCAUAUGAAUGCAGAUUAAACAAUUUUAUCUUCAGCUAUUGCCAAAGAUAUACAUAUAUUAUGUCAUAAUCUUAUGGGUUGUUAAGAAAGAAAUGGAACUCUCAUUCUAGGUGGAGAUCUUACAGGUGAUAAAUUAUUAACAAUUGAUUAAUUAUCUGGACAUCUAUCAUCAAUAAUUUUGUUAGGUAAACUAGGAUUAUCAUUCUAUUUAACUAUGUAUGAGAUACCAAGUGAUCUUGUGUCAGAAGCUGUAAGAGAUGUUAUUAAAAAUCUACUUAAUGUUUUAAGAGAUGAAUCAACUGAAAAACCUCCAUAAAGAUUAACAAGAAUCAGUCAUCUACCUGAACAACCAAAACCUAAAGCAAGAUUAAUAUGUCCAUAAGAUUAUCUAAUUACUACAUUACCUGAAGGAUAUGAUCCUGCUAAUUAAGAACAUGUAUAGAUUGUGACUUCCACUAUUGCACCUUUUGUACCUGAAGGCAAUAUUUAAUUAGAAGAAGGAAAGAUACUCUUAGAUUAUGGACCUAAAACUAUUGAAAUUGUUAAAGAGGAAAUAUAAAAUGCUUAAAGAUUAUUUUGGAUAGAUGAUGCUAACCUUGGUUUAUACAAUAUUUAAAAAUAAAUAACUGUCCCUGAUUUUGAAGCUAUUGCUUUACUUAAGAAAUUAAGAGAAGAAGAAGCUGAAAGAGAAAGAGAGAGAUUGGAAAAAUUAAAAGAAAAAAAAGGAGGAAAAGGAAAUAAAAAAGGUCUCAAAGAAGAACCACCUAAGGAACCUAUUAAUAGUAAUAUAUUAUGAAAUAUUAAUUUUUUAGUUAAAACUACAAAAGAAAUUAAUGUUCCAGUAUUCAAUCUCACUAAUAGAGAAUUAGGUUUAUUUAUUUAUGAAAUGAAUCAAGAAAAAAAAGAUAGACAUUAACAUGCCUAAAAAUAAGGACAUUAAGUUGCUUAUGAUUUCAAUUAAGAUUGUGUAGUCACUAUUAUUGGUGAAAAAUUGGAGAAAGUACUUAAUUAAGAAGAUUUUCAAAAUAUAGGAAAUGAGGAAGAAAUUGAAUAAGCUCCAGAACCCAGUUAAAAAGGAUCUUAAUUCCCUUAGAGUGAGGCAGGAGAAGAUUAAAAGGAAUAAGAGGAAGAAUAAAUUGAAGAAGAGAAAGUUAAAAUUAAUCAAGUAUAUUUAAAUAUCUUAAAUCUUAGGUGAAAUAAUUAUUAGCUGAUUUCUUUAUAUAAGAUUAAGAUUUCACUCUUUAAUUUCUUGCUGGAAAUUAAAUUCAUAUCUAAACACUUGAUGAGUAUCCACCAAAACCUGAAUCUGAAAUUAAUGAGGAGUAAUAUUUUGAAGAGGAUAGUACUCCUUGA